AUGAGUCCAAUCAUUGGUUUACGACAUGGUUUUACAGAUCAAAAGUGUUAUGUAGAUUUAUGUGAAACAUGUCUAACAAAAACUAAACAUGAAUAUCCUCUCGUUGAAUAUUUAGUACCUAGACGACAAUAUUCAUAUGAACAACUUUUCAGAUCAGUUCCUCAUUUACUUAAUCCUAAUAGUGGAGAAAAGAUUGAAAAAAAAACAAUAUGGAAAAUGGUGUUAAAAGUAUUAUUCAUUGUUUCAUCAGAUGGAAAAGUUUUAUCAUCUCGUGGUGUUAAUGAUGUUUCAUGUAAAGGAGUAGAAGCUUUGAAAAUAUGGGCAAAAGGAGAAACAUUGGCUCCUCCUACGGCAGAUGUGUUUGAAUGGGAAGAUGUCUCAUGCGCGGGAUGUAGCUUUAGUCCUAUUAUCGGUCAUAGAUAUCGUUGUUCUACAUGUGAUAAUUAUGAUAUAUGUGCGGCAUGUGAAAAGAAAGGACAUGAACAUCCACUUGAACUUGUACCACAACCAACCGAAGAUGAAGAUGAUUGA